AUGGACGGGCUCAGUGAUGAGAUUGAGAGCAUUCUGUUCAUCGCGAGGGAGGUGAUGGUGUACCAGGUUCCUCCGAGGACGUCGACAUCAGGAUAUAAAGCUGCCGAAUGGGAUGUCGAGCAGUUCAUGUGGAAAGGAAGAUUACGAGUGGUGGAGAUAGGCAAUCGGUGUGAGCUGAAACUCGAGGACCCCUCGACGGGUGAACUCUUUGCUUCGGCCACAUAUGCCACGCCUUGGACACAGGUCGAGCCUGUACUGGACUCGUCGAGAUACUUUGUCAUUCGAGUGGAGGGUGAUGGAGGUCAGCGAGCGUAUAUUGGCAUGGGCUUCCAGGAACGAGGCGAGGCAUUUGACUUCCAGGUCGCCCUACAAUCCGUCGCCAAGCGCGCGUCCGCACCUGAACCUUCUUCUGAUCCCUCACAACCGUCCAAGCCUGCCGCCCCGCCUAAGGACUAUUCACUGAAAGAUGGUCAAACAUUCACCAUCAAAAUACCAGGUCGUGAGGGUUCAGCAAAGAAGACUCCCAUCUCCAGCACCUCUGGGCCCAGCAGCGGUAGCGGCGGAGGCUUUGGUCUCUUACCUCCGCCUCCACCCCCGGGUAGGAAUAGGUGA